AUGAAGUUUACCGUCACCGCUGCCUUUCUCUUGGCCGGGUCAUCGCUCGCUGUCCCGCUUACUGUUAAGCGUGAUGUCGACCUCGUGGACGUGAACGCCCCUGGCGGCUGGGUGUACAAGCGUGACGCUGAGAAACGUGAUGUUGACCUUGUCGAUGUGGACGCCCCUGGCGGCUGGGUGUACAAGCAUAAUCAGGAUGACUCGGAAAUCUGGCAGAAGUAA